AUGCCACCGAUCCCACCUCUUUUCGUGCUCCAAGUUCCGCCGACGUUGAAUGCCGGCUCAAAUGCUCAAGGCGAGCAAGGAAACUUCAUUUGCACCCAGGCCGCUCCUCAAGUAUACCUACUGUCCUUCUCCAGCCCGCCGGACAACCGUCUCACUCCCGCCUUCAAUCAAACAUUCCUGCUGGCACUUGACAUUAUCGAGCACCGUCUCCCUCGGGGAGUGGUCAUAACGACCUCAUCCAUCACCAAGUUCUAUUCCAAUGGGCUGGACUUUGAGAAUGCUAUCAAGGACCCGACUUUCUUCCCAAACAGUCUUUAUCCCUUGUGGCGUCGUUUGAUCAGUUAUCCAAUGCCCACAGUGGCAUUGAUAAAUGGCCAUGCUUUCGCCGGCGGCUUGAUGACCGCCAUGAUGCAUGAUUAUCGCAUCAUGAACCCUCACAAGGGGUUUUUGUGCCUGAACGAACUGGAUUUUGGUGCAGCUCUUCAACCGGCCAUGGCAACAGUGUUUCGAGUGAAGUUAAACAUGACGACUUUCAGGAAUAUGGUUCUGGAGAGCAGAAGAUUUCCCGCCCUGGAGGCCUUGAAAGAGGGCAUCAUUGAUGGCGUUGGGGGUGUUGAAGAGACGCUCGCCUUCAUUUCGGAGAUGAAGCUGGCUCAGAAGGCUCAAGGAAAGUCAUAUGGUCUGAUCAAGGAGGAGCUAUACCGAGAGGUGAUCAAAGACCUAGACGAAGGCGCUGAUGCCCGCGCAAAGCUAGCCGCGAGAGAUCUAGAUCGCAACCGUCGGGGACUGGAAUCCAGGAGAAGGGUCGACGAGUAUCAGGCGGUGGUGCAGAGGGCGAAACUCUGA